AUGGUAGCAACUUCCGCACAGCGUGCCGCUGUAAGGAUGCUUAGAGGUUGGCGCACCUCGGUGGUUCGAACGAGCACAAGCGUGACUUCGACUAGCAUACUGCCAUUGAGCACUCGUUUGCGAUGCUCAGACCUGCCGCAUCAGCCGUUGAUGGCCGUCCAGCGUCGCUUGAAAUCCAAGCGCUCCUCAGCACAAUACAUCGAUCCGAAUGCAGCUGACGCUGACGACGUGCCCGUGAUCAAGACCAAAGGCAAAGCGUCCAAAAAUAACCGUGCGGCGCAACCCACGUCGCGCGGAGCUCGUACUAAACGUGGCGACGCAGAACAAUCCUCGGAUGUUGAAUAUAAGACUUCGACCCGCAACCAGCACCUCCCAGACGAAGCAUUCGACUUUGACGCUAUCUCGUCGCACAUGUCUCGCGCAGUUGAGCGGUUUCGUUCGACAGCGUCGACGUUGGUCGGUUCGUUCGGUCGUGCCGACCCGAGCUUGCUCGACUCGAUCAAAGUCGAGUACCCGGCAGGAUCUAGCUCAAAAGCGCUUCACCCGUUGCGAGAUUUUGCCACGGUCGGUGUCAGGGACGGCGCACUCAUCGUAACCGCCUUCGACGCGGAUAUGGUAAAACACAUCGAACGCGCCAUCUAUGCGAGCAACCUCAACCUCACACCACAAACCCAAGCUGGGGGCGAAGAAAACGUACUUCGCGUAGCCGUACCACAACCCACAACCGAGUCGAGACAAGCCUUGGUCAAAGAUCUCACAAAGAUCUGCGAAAAUGCAAGGGUCAGCAUCAGAGACGCUCGCCACAAGGCGCAGAAACAGAUCAAGUCGGACAUCGACAGGAAAGUGGUCGGCAAGAGCGAAGGCGACAGGGAGUCCAAAAAGGUAGAAGCCGAGACGAAAAAGUGGUCGACCCAGGUAGAUCACUUGUUCGAAAAGAUCAAGGCAACAUUGUUGUUGGUAUGA